GCGAUUAUUUCGAGGAGAUGUUGUUUCCGUUGUCAUUUCUCUGUACAGCGUAGACGCUUCUCCGAGAUGGUGGAGAUGCCUUAAGAUCCUCGUCAUUCCCUCUAGUUUGCACUCAACAGCGUUCACUCACAAACGCUGUAACACGGAAGUUUCUCUUCUUCAGUGGAGACCCCGGGUCACCAGCGAUAGCCCACAACAACCAGCAGCAGAAGAACCCGUACAGAAGCAAGGAGCGUCGCUGGUUCGGAAGGCACGCGGCCGCCAGCAAGGAGAAGAACCCAGGAACGCGAUUUCUUACUCGCUGGCAAAAGUCGACGCACUCACCGAUCGUUAUCGAUACCAGCUAUUCUUAUGUGAUGCUCGAGAAGCGAUAUUUUCGCAAUGGACCGCAAUCAGCGACCGAACCGACCGGUUGGCAGAGUUUAUCUUACCGGACACGGAUCCAGCAAAGUUCUGGUUCUUUUGCCGUGCCGCAUGUGCGAUGCAGCGAAAAACUGCUCCCAUGAAAAUUACAUGGGAUACGAUCCCUAUCGGAUGGGGAUUAAAGAAGUACAUUUUGGUUAUCCUCUCAGCAUUAAUGGGCAAUUGCCACGCUCAUCACUGGGCCCGGACAUACCGGCAAGAGGAACAGAAUCGCCGAUUAAAAAGCUACGUUAAUCGCCUGGGUGAACCUCUAAAUGAGGAACAACAAGCGAAAGUCUUAAAUGACAUUCUGAGUGUCAUGCAAAUCGAUGCAUUGAAGACCGAAGCUAUCCAUAAUGGACAUUAUGAUGGAAUUUACGAUCUCGUUAAACGAUUUGCUGAACGUCAGGGCCAAGGAAAGCGCAAAGUCGCCCCAAAUUCCCCUGACACUCCGUCGACUAGUAAGACGGUUCAACCUGAACCGAAGAAAACCGUAGUGUCAAUGGACACUGAAGAAACUGACGAAACGCCGGAGACAGCUGAUGCUGCAUCAGUAAUUGCGGAUAACACUGCAACUGUAGUAGCGCCGACUGUGAAUACCGAAUCUGCAGUGAUCACUGCGCCACCUAGCGAAAUCCCGCGAACGGAUGUCGUGGCGUCGGUGGAAUCACUGACGAUUUCAGGAAGUGCACAGAAACUGCUUGAAGAAGCAGUAAUGGAGACGGAUGAGAAGCCGUCUAUAGAGAAUAAUUUUCUCUAUCCAUCCCGCCAAGCCCUGCGGGACAGGCAGUACGAACUGGAAGCAAUGGGCCAGGAUUCGACCUUCACCGAUGUGGACCAUCUGAUUUUUGCGGUACACAUCCCGGAUAACGAUACUGACCCGUUGUACUAUCCAGGGGGCAACGGAGGAGUGGAUAUGCUGGAUGAUAGUGCCGACAUUAAGACUACGUCUGCCGUACUGAGCGACGCUCUUAAUGUACUUAAUGCUGAACCGCAGUUAGAAAUACCGUAAAAGCAUUAAAUGCUAAAAUUAAAUCGCCGUAGUACACAAUGUGUAUACCGAAAAUUAAUCGCCGUAAAAGCCCAACGAGUGCAUUAAAAUCGAAUUUAUUUCGAUCAGCUCUAAACAAAAAAUUGAAAAGCCGUAGAAGCACAAAUCGGUGCACAAUACUUGGUUAACGAAUUGCCGUAGUCCAUUAAUUGCAUAACAAAUGAAUAAAAUCGCCGAAGAUGCACAAAGCUGCAUAUAUGUCGUGGAUCGACGCAACAAUGCGUAUGAUUGGAGGAAACCCGGGAAUGGAUCGGAAAACCUGCAACAUAACAAGGAUUAAUGCAGGAUUGAAUGGGAUUUUACCGGAAUAAUUACCGGAUUUUUGUUACGAGUUUGAAACUCGUUUGAUUAAUUUUACGCCGCAUUUUGCAGCGUGUGUUCUCACUAACCUGUGAUGGAAUAAUUGGCACAUUUUUUUAAUAAGAAUUGUUCACUAUGUUGCAUUUAAUAUGCAUUUUUCUCACUUUUCCCAUUCCUGUUUUUGAGCCUCAAGGGGCCUCGGCAUCCCGUCCCGUGGCAUGUCAGAGUGUUGUGCGUAGCGCACAGGAUAUUGGCGUGUUCGCCUCACCAUCACGGGAUCGGCUCACCAUUCGCCAUUCUGCACACAUGCAAAAGCAUGUUUUGCCAUUCGGGUGCCAGCAUCGGAACCGUUAACAUCGUUUCCUAGCUUUCCUUGGUUUCAUGCCCUUUUUCUCACCUUUAGAGAUUUGUUUUGAUGCUGAUUAGCAUUUAUUUCAUUGAAAUAAAAGCGAUUAUUUCGAGGAGAUGUUGUUUCCGUUGUCAUUUCUCUGUACAGCGUAGACGCUUCUCCGAGACUAGGAUAGUGUAUUGCAAUCUACAGAUCUAGCUAGACUGCAUAUCUUUGGACUUUUGUGCGGGAAACAGCUGUGUUGUCAUGUUUGCUAAAGCUGUUUGCGGUUUUGUUUGGAACCCUGAAACAUGCGUAGUUUCGGAAAAACCACAAAACUGCGAAGCUGCUGUGCAUUAAGUACGUUGUGUCCAACCCAGGGUACUAAUAAUUUUCAUACUCUUAUUGCUGAUAGAUAAUAAUAGAUAUGACAAACAACGGUUGCACUGAAUAAACAAAAGGUAAAUGUCACAGUGGCACUAAUACUGUACAAACAUGUGACUCUCGGUAUUCCGUAAAGUCUGCGCAGCGGAAGGCUCCCGAAAACUACUUUAUCGGAUGCACGUGGGUGGGUUUU